AGUUCCAUGAUGGCAAGAAAUUUACGUAGUUUUAGUUCCAAAGGUUUAACAUUUCAAAAGACCAAUUGUCUAUAAUAUACCGAUCUCAUCUGAAAACAUUCAGUGAAAAACUUAUGUGGAGAUAAAGAUUGGGUGAAGACGUGAAGAAAGUGGAGGAUGCUGAGGAUGCUCAAGGAAUUUGUUUAUGGUUAGUGGUAACCUUUGGAUUGAGAAACUUUUAUCACAAUGGGAACCUUGUACCGCAGUGGGGCUUUUAGAAGAUCCAACGAUAGAGCCAGACUUGUUAUAACGACAAUGAUGGGAAUGGUUCUUGGAUAUUUUAUUGGCAUUUCAUCUCCAUAUGUUUCUUUAACAAAGAUUACGUUACCUUCAAAUCUUAUAUCUUCUCUUGAUGUAGCCUUUGGUGAUGACCAUCGUAGACCUUCUAUUGAACGCUUUUUUCCAGAGAAUCUUGUAACUCCACGGAUAUAUGUUCCGACAAAUCCUCGUGGUGCAGAGACAUUACCACCAAGGAUUGUGGUCCCUGAAUCAGAUUUUUACUUGAGAAGGUUGUGGGGUGAACCAAGUCAGGAUCUGAGAAAGAAACCAAAGUACUUGGUGACAUUUACUGUUGGUUGGAACCAAAAGGACAACAUUGAUGCAGCUGUUAAAAAGUUUUCAGAAGAUUUUCAAAUUUUGCUUUUUCAUUAUGACGGUCGAACGAGUGAGUGGGAUGAGUUUGAGUGGUCCAAGAGGGCAGUUCACAUCAGUGUUAGGAAGCAGACUAAAUGGUGGUAUGCAAAGAGAUUUCUACAUCCUGAUGUAGUAGCUGCCUAUGAUUACGUAUUUAUAUGGGAUGAAGAUCUUGGAGUUGAGAACUUCAAUGGAGAGAAGUAUAUCAGACUAAUUAAACGACAUGGUCUUGAGAUUUCUCAGCCUGGUCUUGAACCAAAUAGUGGACUGACUUGGCAGAUGACUAAGAGGAGGGAUGAUAGAGAAGUUCACAAGAAUACUGAUGAGAGACCAGGCUGGUGCAGUAAUCCACGCUUGCCUCCUUGUGCAGCCUUUGUCGAAAUAAUGGCUCCUGUGUUCUCUCGAGAAGCAUGGCGAUGUGUUUGGCAUAUGAUUCAGAAUGAUUUGGUGCACGGAUGGGGAUUGGAUUUCGCAUUGAGAAGAUGUGUAGAGCCUGCUCAUGAAAAAAUUGGCGUUGUUGACUCGCAGUGGAUUGAACAUCAAUUUGUUCCUUCUCUUGGGAAUCAGGGUGAGACUGAGAAUGGGAAAGCUCCUUGGGAAGGGGUAAGAGAGAGGUGUACAAAUGAGUGGGCUAUGUUCCAAGAUCGUUUAGCCAAUGCUGAUGAAUCUUAUUUUGUCCAGCAUGGAAAGAGUAGAGUAUAACACUCCUCCAACUGCUUGAAUGUUACUUUUCCCCUUUUUUCAUGCUUUUUUUGGAAUUGGAUGUCUAAUUCUUUUUACCACAUUUUUUUACUUAAUUAAGUUCUUUUUUUCUAGUUCUAGUAGAGUAGCCAUAUGAUCUGCAACUAGUGAAUACUAAACAUUCAGAUAUUAGAGGCGUCUAUUGUACAUAGAUGAUAGUAUUUAAGAUUUUGUCAAAGAUUUGCACUUUGCUAUCCAUUUCAACUA